AUGGCGGCGGUUUUUGUCGUCUUCUGUUGCGCUAUAGCGUGUCUAGCACUGCCAGUUACAUCUAACGGGAAUGAUUUUAAUGGCCGCAUUUCAGCGUACUCCCCGGGAAUGGUAAAUGAUGUCUGGCAUGUUUCUGACUUUCCUGGCAUUGCUGAAGAUGGACUUUUCUUGAAUGGAAUCCCUCAGCCUCACACUUUUGAUGGGUUUGCAUCUGGUUUCCCAAUGCCAUAUGAUAUGGGUCUACUGGAGAGAAGAAACGUUUUUUCAUUAAGGAUCAUGAACUCAUCUUGGAGUGAUCCAGCAGAUACUAACGUGUUCCACAAAGGAGAGCAGUUGCAUCUACAGGUGUCUGCCUCGCCUGCCCCUGGUCAACAGCUUUACGUCCAGUCCUGCCAUGCGUCCUCCUCUCCAAACCCUGCUGAGAAACCCGAAAUCGCCCUAAUCAUUAACAAAGGCUGUGUGGCCUCCAAAGAGUCUUUGGUGAAGUUUGUGUUGCGACGUAGUGAUGUGGUCAAUUUGGUUGUUCGUACGUCCAGUUUAAAGUCUUCUGAGAUUUAUCUUCACUGCAGAGUCUAUCUUUCUGAUGUGGGUCUGACCUCAGUCACUAAAUUCUGCAAUUACAACAAGCUCAAAUCAAGAUGGGUUGACCUGGGUGGCCAAACCUCCGUAUGUGAUUGUUGUGGGAAAAGGUGCAGAAGCUUGGAGCAUGCAGAACUUCCUGAUUCUCUAGACCUGAAUGCAGUAGUAAGCACCGGCCCCCUGAUGAUUAAGGAUCAGUCAUCUACAUCACUGUCAGACAACAGUGCUACAAAGUCCAGCCCUACAGUCAGAAACUUGUCUGAUAAAAGAUUGAUCAUGGCAGGUGCCUCUUUCUCCGGGAGCUCAAUGCAAAACAUUGGCAAUGUCUCCCCCUGGCCUGUUCAGCCUAGCUUUGGGGGUUUGGUUAUAAUCAGCCAGGGACAGGGAGGGGAUUUAUCAAUGUGGCUACCAGACAUCAUGGAGCUUGAGUUGCCACCAGUGGUGCAAGUGGGAAUUGGUUAUCCAGAAAACCAUGCUGUUGAUGUAACCCUUCAAAGUGACGAACCCUUUAGAAAGCUGAAACCAGAUGAAAGCACUGCUGAGACGAGUCCGACAGUUGCUGUGGAUGAAGGAAAAGCUAAAGUAGAAGCUGUGGAUUUGCAUGAUGUUGCAGAGGACCGAUUGGGCAUGUGGCAUCUUAAAGACGUUGCCCGCUUGCAUAAGAUUCAGGGAAAACCUGUUGUGACUGAAGUACGUCACUUAUUGCAGCCUCAAUUGAAUCUUGAAUCUGAAUUUGACUUUCUUUCUAAUGACAAAUCACUGGUCAACCCUACACCAGAUAAGCUCUCUGAGAGUGCUGAGGAUAAGGGUGAAGUUGUUUUCAGACAGGCUGAGAUGGUCUUUAAAAGCUCUAAAGGAGCCAAAUUAUUAGAGCCAGUUCUCUUCUCUAAACUAAGUCUGAAACAAGCUGCAGAUGGAUCCAGUUCUCUCAAUUAUGAAGAACAGAAAAGGCCCAGCAUGAGAAAACGGGACAAGACUCCGCAAUUAGAGCGGGACGGUGAGAAAAGACAAAAGGAUGAGCGGGUGGAGGACUCCUCUGAAAUUAAAGGUCUAGUUUCAUCCCUAUUAGAUGAACUGAGGUCAUUGGACUGGUGAUUUAUGACUU